AUGACCUCAACGUUUUUGUGGUAUUUAGCAGCGCGCUAUUCGCCUGGACUCUCAGUAACUGCUCUGGAGGGUGACGAAUCUCUCCCGUAUCUUUCAACAACUUGGAUUGGAUUCACGCACCUCUUGUCUUUCAGUUUAUCCUGUGAAUCUCGUGAAUCUCAGCUUGAAAUUGCAUCAACUUUUCAUUUGAUAUGGGUUUGUUGA